GGACAGUGGAUGAAAUGAAAAGUGCGGCGGACCGUCGCGGCAAUUUCUGAUACUCGAAAAUCCGAGCAACACGCGCGCGCGCACGGCCAUCCGCACUUAAAAUCAUAGAAGCUCGUGCUUGUGCAACCAAGAGAGAAAGGAGGAAGCUCGUCGCAGCUAUCUGUCGCGUACAGAUCGACGUCCGUACUGGCUGGCUGCGAUCGCUAAGAAAUUGUCGUAUCAUUGGGGAAUACGCCUUUUCCAUUUGUAUGGGAGCGAUAUAAUUGCCGGGGCUUGACGAUCGCUCCGCUCAGUCAGACACUCAAUGGGACAGGAUCAUGACUGCGAAUCAACGGAUAAUCGUUCAGGCACUCGUCCUUUCUAUAUACACGAUUUUACAGUGCUCGGGAAAAACAACUAAUGCUCAAAACGAAAGUUACAAAAUAAAUUUACAAGGAAACAAAUUCAAUUUGAGAAAUAAAUUUUCUGAAAUUACUACUAUUUUACCGGCAAAUUCGCACAUCUUUUCGGCAGAGGAUUACGAUAUACUUCAAGAUGCAGAAAGCUUGCAGCGAGCAUUAUCGAUUGUUACAUACGAACCACAAAAAAUUGAUGCAACGAAAGCUCAAAGUAUUUCGAAGAAUAUUGAUACUUUUGAAAAAAACGCUCAACCAUUGUAUACAACUCUGCUACCAAUAGAAAGAAAGUACUAUGAAGUUCCUCGUAAACAAUCAGUUAUUCAAGGGCAUAGAAAGCAAGAAAAAGAAUACGGUAAAGUCGCCGCAAGUAAAUUAGUCGAAGAAAGUUUAUUUCCAAAGCGAGCAUAUAGCAAAGUACGAGAGCAUCCUCAGCAACACGAAACGUAUCAUCAUCAGAGUGCUUCUGAACUUCCUCUUCCGAGAUAUUUUACUAAAAGUAAUCAGAAACCAGCAUCAUCUUUAUUAUCUUCGCCAUCAUAUUUUCCAUUAACCGAUCAAACGUCACCAAUAUCUUCUAUCGGCAGACAUAAUAAUCACAGUAUUACCUCCAAUUACCAAGAUAACAAAACCAAUCUUAUAAGGAUUGGAACAUCAAACGCAGAGGUAGAUGUUCCAAGAUUAAAAAAAAAACAAGGCAACUUCAAGAGUCAUAAAUCCAUUCAGAAUGAAAAUGUUUAUGAAAUAUUUCAACCAACAACUUUGAGAACGUCGGGUGAUAAAAUUCCUCGACCGUUCUCUCUUCCAGCUAAAUAUAAUCCUCUGAUUACCGAAGCCAUAAUUUAUCCAACUCAGUUAUCUUCAUUGAGGCAAAACGCCCUGACAUAUCCAACUACUUCUGCGAGGCAAAAUUACCCAGCUCCGUUCACUGCUUUAGCCGAGCAUUUGGCUGCUUCUUCAAUCGCUCCAUGGAAGAAUAAUGUUUAUCCGAUAACUUCGCCAAAAACCGAAUCGGUUACACAUUCGAAAAAUAAACUACAUAAUCGACAAUGGACAACUCCAUAUUUGCAUGGUUCACGAAUAUCCGACAAAACAAUCGCUCAUCCAUCUAUUCCAUUAAGACGUAAUCCCACAUUUCAGAAUAUAGUAACAGACCAAACAGGCAAUCAUUCAACUAUUUCGGUAGAACAAUCGAUCCCGCGCUCAAUCCAAUCAACACAACAAAAGCCCAUCGUUUACUCAUUAAGACCAGAACAAAUAACGAUACGCCCAACCAUUUCAUUAGGAUCUAGGCAAGUAAUUGCCGAGUCGGGUAUUCCUUUAAAACAAGAACAAGUAGACGUAUAUUCGACUAUUCCAACAAAACAAAAGCAAGUGUCGACAAAUUUGCAUAAUCCUAGAAAGCAGGAAUCUACACUUACGUAUCAAAUUAUUCCACGAAGACGUAACAUUUUUCCUAAGAAUGUAUCCACAGAUCAGACUGGAAUACAUUCGGCUGCGCCUAUCAAGCGAACCUUUGAAUAUCCAAACUCUAAGCGAAAAGUAAUUCCAGAAGAGCAAAAUAUUGGUUAUCCAACCAUUGUGCAACCGACCUAUACAUCGAUAAACCGCAAUCAGCCAGAAGAAACAAAGCAUAAUUUAUCAAAGAAGAUUGAUAAUGAUGAUAAAGACUACUCAAGUAAUGAUAGUUAUAACGAUUCCACUGAAAAUAGUAACAGUAAUGAUGACGAUAACGAUGACGAGAGUAACAAUAGUAAUGAUCACUAUAAUUACAGUUAUAAUGAACGAUAUGAAGAGGCAAUUGACGACGAGCCGAGCAAAUCUAGUCGCUCUUAUAAAGUAAGAGAAGAAACUGCCGAACAGUCCGAGGAGGAGCCAAUGAAAAUAAAAAGUUUCUCGAGCCAUCGUCAAAGAAAUCAUAAACAAAUAAAUCCUGAGUAUAAUCAAAAUCGAGCUCAAGACAUUGAUUUCCAAUCAUCCGAACCAGAUUCCAAUUACGAUCAAGAUCGUGGACAAAAUUCACAACAUGAAAUAUCGGAAGCACAUCAGACUAAUCAUUCGAAGGAAGGCGAUCAAGAUUUAAUUGAAGAAGGUAAUCAUCAACAUAAAAAGCAUCAUACAGACGUGAGUCAUGAUGAGGCGGAAGGACACUCGGACGAAGAUCACGAAAAUAAACACCAUGUGCAUGGCGAAAAGGGAAAUAAGGGUUAUAAACAUUUUCACGAGCACGACAAAGGUGAAAAGGGAUACCAUGAUAAAGAGGGACAUAAUCACCACUAUGACGAAAAGGAGGGGAAAAACAAAAAACAUCACGAGGAGUCAGGAUUUCAUGAAGAACAUGAAAAAGGAGAGGAAGGCGAAAAAAAGACAGCCUUCAAGGAAAAAGGAGAUCAUAAAAAGGGUCACAGUACCAAAGGAGAACACGUCAUUCACAAAAAGGACGAGUUCGACAAGAAAACAGAAUUUUUCGACGAAUUUCACGAAGGUGGUGAUGUAGACAAAGACGGAGGCUACCACGAGCAACAUCAAAAGAAGAAAGGUGGCCAUCAUAAAAAGGGAUAUUAUCACAAAGGUGCGGAAAAGAAGGAAUACGGCGAAAAGGGUAAAUUCGAUAAAGGACACCACCAUCGCGAGAAAAAGGGUCACGAUGAACACGAAGGUCUCGAUCAACAUUAUCAUCACGAAGAAAAGUUCGGCAAGAAAGGUGCACACGAGGACGCUAAGAAAUGGAACAAUAAGAAGGGGAACAAGCGCUAAGAAAUGCUUAUUUAAUUGUCCUUUCUCGCUUCCUGCGUCACUGCAAAAUCUUUUUCUCAUUCACUUUUUCAAUCCCACCAUAUACACGAAUUUCAAUGAAUAAUUACUUUUAACCUUACAUCGGUAUAAA